GGCAUUGCUUAAGUGACUGUGUGGGGGUGCGUUUGUGUGUAGUAGAUAGAAAGAUUUUUGUGGUGCUGUUUUGUUUAUUAGUAAUUAACUUGUUGGACAUGUCCUAUUUGUCGAGUUUUAAUAAUGAAAGCGCUAAGCAAAUACUAAUGGAUAUCAUACGUACGGUGAAUCAGCCCGAUAACUCCAAGAAACUAUCCGAGGCUAAAGCAUCAGCUGGCAAAGAGAUGAUUUUAAUGAUGCAGCAUGUUUUCCCCUUGGUCAUGCAGCUGCAGUUGGAGGUGAUCAAGUUGCAUGGCUUCCCUGGAAAUCGCGAGGGUCUCGUGCAGUUCUCGCAGCUAAUUCGCGAAAUGGAACGCGAUGAUAUGGAAAUAGCACGUCUACGCAGCCAAAUACGUGCAAUAUACUUGCCUCCCAUAGCCAUCAACACUACCAACGACAUACUCAUCUAAAAAAAAAAGAGUUCCUUGAUUCAUAUUCUGUGGAA